CAAUGUUAUAAAUUAAAUCUUUAAAAAAUAAUAAAAAAAAAGAAUAAUUAAACAUUGACGAACUCGGUCUUUCUUUUAAUUAUUUAAUUACAACUUUUCGUUUCAUUUAAUUUUCCAUAUGUUGAUUGUUGAAAGUACUAUUUAGAAGCAGUACAGGAGAUCUUGGUUGUGCUCUCGCCGGUGCCGGAGAUGGAUGGUAAAGGGAAAGAGAAAAGGAGGAGGAUUGACAAAGAAUCCGAUGAAGCUAAGAGUAAAAAGGUUAGACAUGGAGAUAAUAAGGAGGAGGCGACGGACGAGGAAGUUGAGGAAUUCUUUGCGAUUCUAAGGAGUAUGCAAGUAGCUGUCAAGUACUUCGAGAAAGGAAAACGAGAAGGCUGGCGUGCUGCCGUCGAAGCUGAAGUGGUUGCGGUGGUUGGUGGUUCCAAAGAAGAUGAAGACGAUGAUCAUCAGAUUAAAAAGAAGAAAGGAUCGCCAGCAAAGAUAAAUCCGAUUGUGGAGGAGGAGGAGAUGGCGGUUUUGGAUUUGAACGCCUUGCCGGCGGUGGAAAGUAGUGAGAUAUGUAUAACUGAAUCGCAUGAUUAAACGUGGUUGAGAUCUAGGAAGCUGCCGUCGCGUGCGGUAGUGGAGGAGCAGCUCGUGAGUUCUGCCGGUGCCACGGGUUUGACAUGAGCGCAGAGGCAGAUAUAUGCGUUGGGGAAAAAAAAAAAGAACAAUUUCAAUAUCAUUGUAGAGAAAUUUCUGAAAGGGGUUCAAGCCCAAGGUUAACAACCUCUCGCUAUAAUACUUGCUUUAAAAAAAUAAUAAUAAAUAAAUAUUAUGAUGUCGAA